CCUCUGACUAUGGCAUGAAGCUGCCAAUCUUGCGGUCGAACACAGAGGAUCAGAUUCUGUACCAGACCGAGCGUUACAAUGAGGAGACAUUUGGUUAUGAAGUCCCUGUCAAGGAGGAGGGUGACUACGUUGUGGUGUUGAAGUUUGCUGAAGUCUAUUUUGCACAGUCCCAACAGAAGGUGUUUGACGUGCGCUUGAAUGGUCACGUGGUCGUGAAGGACUUGGACAUUUUUGACCGAGUUGGACAUAGCACAGCCCAUGAUGAGAUCAUUCCCAUCAGCAUCAGAAAGGGGAAGCUGAGUGUCCAGGGAGAGGUUUCCACGUUCACAGGGAAGCUCCACAUUGAGUUCGUCAAGGGAUACUAUGACAAUCCAAAAAUCUGUGCACUAUACAUUCUGCAAGGAACAGUGGAUGAUGUUCCAAAGCUACAGCCUCAUCCUGGCCUUGAGAAAAAGGAGGAUGAAGAAGAUGAAGAAGAGUAUGAUGAAGGCUCCAGCGUUAAAAAACAGGCCAAUAAGAAUCGGGUUCAGUCAGGCCCCCGGACACCAAACCCCUACGCCUCGGACAACAGCAGCCUCAUGUUUCCUAUAUUGGUGGCCUUUGGUGUCUUCAUUCCUACCCUCUUCUGCCUCUGCCGGUUGUGAGGGCAAGCCCCAUGCAGAGAUUCAGUAGCAGGGGCCGCAGGCCAGGAGGAAAGGAGUUGGACCAAAUGCGGUUGCUUUCAGUUUCUCCAUAUGUUUCAUAAUUUAAGGGAAAAAAAAGUUCAUUUGGAAUGAACAGCAGGUACAGAUUAAGGGGGGUGCUUGCCUUCCCCCAGCCACCGAGCAGCGAGGCCUUGGCUUCCCCUGUUGCACCAUAAGCAGCAUCCCCUCCUUUCCAAGGCACUUGAGAUUAAACUGGAUCUUUGCUGUCUGUCUGGGCUGUAAGAAGCUGAUGCUCGCAAAUUUUGAUCCAUAUCCCACAUGGAGAGGAAGCUGCGUGAUCCAAGCACUGGGCCCUUAUUCAGGGGGAUACUUGCUCACAGUUUAAGAAGCUAAGCAGGGUAGCACUCUCUGAAUGUUGCUUGGAAAACCAGCCUCUGACAUGAGGCCUAGAUAUGUGCUUUGGUCAGAAGUGUGCACAGAUGUUCUGGUGCCUUUGAGUGACUAACAGUGACAGGGGAAAGAGACUGGCUUUUCAACAGCUACCUGAAUGUGUGUAACUAAAUGCAUGGUACUUCUCUGUCCUAAAGAUACACAGGCUCAGACUUGCUGAUGGGAAAGGCUUCAGCUUCAGAGUGAGAGUUGCAGAAAGAGCUGAGGGAUUUAUUACGCCUGAUUUUCGGCACCUGUUGGGAGAGACUUUCCGAGUUUGAGAAUUGCAGUGUUGCUGGGUUUUUUUUGCUGUGACCUGCAAUAGCCUGGCUUCUUGCUGCAGUGUCUCUGCCCUAGAGGCAUCUGGUUGCUGUAUCAGUUGUGGCUUUUAUUUCCUUUUUAAUAUUUUUCUGUGCAAUGACUCACUUCAAGCCCACAUUGCCCUCUAGUACACAAUGUCUCCCAUGACGGAGCAGAGAAUUGGGUGACCAAAAAAUGGAGGCUCUGAACCCCAAGUGCUUGUGCAACCCUGUUAUGAUCAGCCAUCUGGCAACCAUAAGACAGGGUAGUACAACCCUACCGGUACUUGGCACUGGCCCUCUACUCUUUCUGCAUCAGCUGCAGUGACCUGAUCCACUCUGCAAUAAUAUGAGGCUGCAGUUUGUACCUACCCUUCACUAUCUUGCAUAGGCUUCGGAAUAUUAGGGUUGUGCCAGACAAUUGGAGGUUGACAAGUGCCUCUUGAAAUGGAAGAGCAUGUCCAUUCAAGGUGGAGAAGCACACAGUUGGAAACUGCUGUAGAUCAAUCUGAUCAGCUUCCAUGGUCAACUGGUGAUGGGUUUGCGCUACCCUGUUUGCUUCCCACCACUGAUAGCUUAACAAGUCGGCUCUGCUCCAGCCUGGAAAUUAUGUGUUCUCAAAGUGGAGGUGGCAGGAAGGGCUCCUUGGCUCUGGGUCUGAGCCUGGUGUAAUUAGGAGAACAGUGUGGAGAAACAAAAGCCUGCAAUGUGCCAUCCACACAAUUCCUGAUCUGAAACUGGAGGACCUUGGGCCACAGGCUCCACUUAAGAUCUGAUUCUGCAAGGUGCUGAGCAGCUUCAGCUCCCAUUGACUUAUGGGAAAUGUCAGUGCUCCCUUCCUCACAGGAAGUGCCCAGCAACUUGCAGAGUCAGGCUAGGGGGUACUCUUUGGUGCUUAAGUCUUGAGGCACAAUCCGUGUCUGCUUUCAUUGUAAUAACAUCCAUCCUCUAGAUCCUCAGGGCAGAAUUCUCUUUGCCUUGGGCUAAAUCUGUCUCUUCUGCCACUUGACUGAGUGGUAAUCCCCCGGCUGCUCCUCCGUGGAUUCUGGCUUUUCCUAUCCAUUGCUUUUGAGCACACCUGCUUUACUCACACCUGGCCUUUUGAUAAGCUAGACAGAGCCUCUCUGCAAAGGGUCAGUGGCACUCUGUGAAUAAUCUGUUUACAGCUGCCAAGGUCUUUGCUUUCUUCCUAUUUUCAAGCUGUGGAAAGUGUUGCUCAGCCAUGAAAGGCAAGACAGGAGUGAAGAGCACUAAUAGAGCAUUGGUCUGCAAAGCAGCCAUCUUUGUGAGCACGUGCAUUGCUGCUUUAUAUCUAACCAGAAUUCUGAUUAUGCCAGGCCAAUGCAGAAUAUAGGAUCUAGCUGAUCUUUCUCCCGUUGCACACAAGUAGUUGAGUUCGUAAAACAGUCAGAGAAUGCUUGGCUCCCCACUGGGAGGAGAGGCCCGUAGUAGAUCUCCAGAGCAAGCCAAGCUCUGAAAUGGUGGGAGGCCUGGGACUAACAACUUCAUUCAGCUGUAUCUUCCUGGACCCUUAUCACUCCUAAAUGCUUAUUUUUUUUAAUGUAUGAGCCAAUUAAAGGUGUAUUUUGAGGACAAUUUCUAUUCAGAGUGACAAUGCCUCUAACAUUUUAUCCUUGUAUGAUUUCCCUUUAUCUCUCUGCCCAGUAUGUGGUCACUCCAACACACUAGAACAACACAAGAUUUGGGGCCUUAAUCAAAUAGCAGGAGCUUUUUGGAUUCAUCACAAACUGCCCCUAGUCAAUAGACAAACCAAGAACUUAGUCUUGAAAACAACCCCCCUUCCAAUUGAGGAGUAUGCUCUGCUCUUCCCUUCCCCUGAAAUACCAGCAUUUCUUAGACCUGGGCCGCCUUCAGUACCUCUGAUUUCCUGUAACUUGAGCUCAAGGGGUGAGGUAGGAUCAUAGGAGUUAGAGAUGAAGAGGCCUGUUUCAUUAGUUCUCUGCUCUGCAAGGACAGGGAAGGGAAGUUUCUGCUGGUAGGGGCAAUGCACUGAUUCUGUGCUAGACUCCCACGUGAGGAUUAAACAACAUGUCUUUAAGGCUUCUGCUUUGUGUUGCAGCCCAGGGCUCUUAAAUAAAAUUAAUUCAGUUUUAUUCUUUUUUUAAAGUGAUAUGUGAUUUUCUCUGUUUACCCUUAGGUUAGUUAUCAGGCCUUAUCCUGUGUACUAGACAUGAGGUACUUACAUGGGUUUGUGCCCUGACCCCUUAUCUUUUUGCUGGGUACACUGGCACCAUUAUGGUACUAUAAUGAGACAGUUUUCCUUUUUGCUUUCCUGUUCCAACUCUUCCCUUUCUGGCAGCUUCAGAUUUCACUUGAAGGAUCCUUUUGGGAUAAAUGAAGCAAGUGCUUUAUUUUUUUUAAUUUUUUAAAUAGGGACUAUAGAAGGCUAAGGUGGGAUGGAUUGCAGAGACCAGAGGGACCCAUCCAACAUAUGAAUGGAUGCUGAAGUCUGAUUAUUGCUCACUUUUACAUAGCUCUCUUCAUAGCUGCAUCUGCAUUUCGGCUGGCUAAGACUGGCAAGAGGUGCACACACUACUUGGGGGCUGGGCUUAGGGUGAGUUUAGGGCUACUUUAUUUUUCUGUUACGUUGGAUUAUCAUUGGGCCAUUGCUUUUCACUGAUGUUGAUUUCCAUUUGUAUUUAAAGAUGGAGGGUGGAGCAAGAACAAGUAGUGUGAACCAUGUUGCAUGUCCAAGCCUGUAACUAUUAAUGCAGUGCUACUUGUGACAUUACAGUAAACCUAGAUCCCUUCCCUGGGGAACCCUAAAUUAGCAGGAGAGACUGCUGCUUGGUAGAAAUGAGGGGCGAGGCAGUGAAUGCUUCCAUGUCAUGCUUCAAAUCCUGUCUGUUAGCUUUUGGAAAUGCUGGUCUGCUCUUCUGCUUCCCUAAGCAACGAGUUUUCCCACAGCCUUACACUCUGCUAGUCUAUAAUACAGGCUAGUGCCUGGGAAGGUUGGGAGACCAGUUAGGAAACAAGGAAGCAUAACAACUCUAUAUCACAUGCAAACAAACAGCAGUAGGCAGAUACGGACCUGGUCCCUCUGUGUGCAUCCUUGCAACAGUGGGCAGGGUGAGGUGAGUAUGUGGUGGCCACAGCUCAGUGUCCCUUCAGAAGCCUGAAGACAGGCAGUUGAGUUCUGUGGAACAGAUUGUUUAGAAAAAAGGCUUAGUCAAUGUUGACCCUAAAAACAGAAGAAAAGCAAUGUGAUGAUAUGGCUUGACUUGAACCUUCCCAGCCCACGGUAUUCAAAUUGUAGGUGGAGAUUCUUUGAUUUUUUCUUCCCCACCUGCUGUGCCUAUUGUCUGGUAUCUCAGAAGAGCAGGCAUCCUUGCAAGGCUCUGGUGUGUGUCUUCUGCAGUGUGGUUGGGAGAGUAAGGACCUGUUUCAUCCUUAACCCUGGAGCUAGUGGUCUUUGGUAGCGUAAAGCCAGCCCUGGAACUUUGUACUGUCGUGUUUGUGCGAAUGGAAUGAUAGCUAACCUUUCCCUCUGGAAUUGCAGGUGGAAGCAAAAGGAAUGCCAAAGCAAAUUCUUAUUUCAUUUUUGGUGCCUUUUUGUUGUGGUUUGGUCAAAAAUCUGUUUGAAGAAGCUUCUGUUUUAAGGAACUUCUGUUUCCUCUUUAAAUCUGUCUCCUGGAGGAGAUGGUCCCUAAUCCAGGCACAUCCCCCUCUAAAAGCAGGGGGCAUUAUCUUGCCAUCCUGGAAUGCUCUGGAAUGUCCUAGCUGAAAUACGGAGCUACUUGUAAAUAUCUGCUGAUACAGUUUUUGCUGUCUGGAUGUUUAGUAAUGGAUGUGCUAGGGGAACUGGUGGGCUCCCUUCAGGCUUGCUUGCCCCAAAGAAAUCGCUAGAGGAAAGGGGAGCUCCCAGGAAACUUUGUGCUCAUCUGUCCAUUGUUUUCAGGGGCUCGAUGAGUCAGUUGGAUUUUGGGAAGGAGCACGGCCCUCAGCAUGCCUUCAGUCCUGCUUCUGUAUCACCGGUAUCGUUUGUGGCAUGAAAUUCACCCCAUCCUGUAUAAAGACCUUGCUAGCAAAGGGCUUCCCCCAGAGUUGCUAUUGCGGCAGGGACUCUAAACCAGGAGCAGAAUACAGUACUUGAUCUCUGGCCUUGCUGUGCUUAAAACUGGACUAGCAGCAACCCUGGGAAACAUAGUCCAGUGUCAGCUGUAGCCUGAACAGUCCCUUUGGAAAGAGAGAGAAAACUGCUGCAACUUGCAUCUGUAACAUCUGAAAAAGUCUAUGUGUUUUGGGAUUUAAACUUCUACAGGUAGCAGACCCUCUAAGGCAUCUGUCUGCUCCUUGUGCCCAUUAGAGCAAGAGAGAAUUCAGCUUAGUGGGAUCCCCAGGGAGAGUAGGGUCUGGAAUCUCACUGAGUCAGUUCCACCAUUCAGGCCAUGCUACAUCUCCGUGACAAAUGCAUACACAGGUCUAAUGGGAGUAGGUUUGAGGCUUUAUUCAUACUUGCCUCUGUUUCACCAGAUUGUCUCCAGUGAUUAAUUCUAAAUAGGCUUAGGCAUGAAUUCUCGAAGGGGGAAUGUAUAAUGUGGGUUGGAACUGAGAGCUCCUCCCAGGAAAAGAUGGAGCUUAAUAAAUAAGCCCCUUUAUACUGUGUUCUUUGUUCCUGAUUGUGAUGUAACAGUUAGGGGGUGUUUCAGACCCAUGAAACUUGUGAUUAUUUCACAUCAGAAUUGAACAGACUCAUCUCAAGAAUAUGGUAGAUGGUAGCAGCUGCACUUAGCUUCUGGCAUUGGUCUGUGAGAAGGAGGUUACAACCAGGGUAGGCUUCCUGGACUCUGGCAUGCUCAAAGUUUAUAGGUAUAUAUUAAAGCACUGUUUCUGAAGAGAUCAGGGAAAUGCCAUGGGGUGCUCUGCGCCUAGUCUAGCCAGCACGACUCUCAUUGCUGUUAUUAUUUGCCUCUCCCUGAAGUGUUUCAUUGGGGACGGGGGAGUGCUUUCUUCCCUCCCAGAGAUAGUGCUGUCUGCUCAGGAAAUAUGAAUAAUCCACAGCAAACAGCAAGGGCUCAGAAGUCUGUAUGGUAGAGAUUUAUUCUAGGGAUGGGGAAAUAGCAGCUCAGACAGAUGUCAAGCAGUUUUUUAACAAGUUUUGUUUAACCAGAAACUCCUCUUAGUGUGUGUGGAUCUAGAAAAUGCAGAAUCUUUGAGCCAUAGUUAUUUCUUAUUCAUCUUUGUUAGGGGUGUACUUAUUUGUUCUGUCAGUGAUUCAGUUUCAAUCCAAACAUGUUCAGUUGGGGAUCCUCAAGUUAGUAAAACACCCCCUAGAGGUUAGGGCUGCUCCUAGGGACUUCUUCCACUCAAGCUCUUCCUACUUAAGAAACUAACCAGUCUGUAAGGUGGUUCCAGGUUGCAUGAAAUAAAAGUAGCGUUCUCAGGGUCUUCAGAGCAGAAUCCUGGUUUGCAUGAGUUUUUAGCUCAGUUAUAGUGGCAGUGUUUGGGUCGCAACUGCACAGCAACUCUUAACUGUGUUGAAAGUGGGUCUCAAGACUUGGGUAUGGUUGUUUUGACAAGGCCUGAAUGAGCUCCUUGCAUGUGCCUUCUUGCUAAGGGAACACUGGCUUCAUGCAGUCAGCUGAUUUUUUGAGCACAAAGGGCUGCACAGUUGCAGGUUACUCAAGGCUGUAAGACUGGAGUGACCAUGAAGGAAAUAAUAAUAUGGGGAGAAAUAUCCAUUUCUUUUGAGGUAAUUCUUUGUCUGUAUUCAUAAUCAGUACUAAUGGGUUUUGAAGAAGAAUUUUUUUUCCUGUCCUUUGCUUUGAGUUAUAACAACUUGCAAUGACUGUAUCAAUCUUGGGCCCUGGGUUAAAAGCACAGAUCUGUUUCUGACUAGACUGGCUUUGCAGAGACUCGUUAUUUUGGAGAGAAGAGCUGGGUGUGUGGGAGGGUUAUUUUAUUUUUGGUACAUGUAGCUGUUUAUUUUUUAACUUUCCCAGGAUGUUUGGUUGAGGGAAUGUUCUGAAAUCGACUGCCUGGCAGUUUUAACCAGCAGUGUAUUAAAGGAAAAUAAACAAAAUUAUAUUGUCA